AUGGCGUCCGACAGCAGCCAGACGCCGGAGCUUCUCAGCAUGCCGCUCGAAGUGCGCCACCAUAUCUUCGAGUAUGUCGCGCUGCGCGAUACAAAGCCGGAGAAGCUGCUGCGCUACUGGUUCGAGAGGAAGGAGGUGGAGGAGAAGACCGCGGAAUUGGUGGCGAAGCAUCCGGAGACGGCGACGCCGAGGGUCGUAUAUGAGGGGGAUCAAUUUGAGGCUGAGGAGUGGGAGACGGAUGAAGAGGAGUGGGAGACGGAUGAAGAGGAGGAGGGAGAUGGUGAGGAGGAUAGUGAUGAAGAGGGGGACGGUGAGGAGGAUGUAGGCGAAGAGGACGACGAGGACGACGAGGGUGAGGACGAAGAAGAGGUGGACGAAGAAGAGGAGGAUGCCGAUGAGCAGAACGACGGGGUGGUCGAUGAGAGUGAAGAGCAAGAUGCAGAGAUGGCGGACCGCAAUGGCGCCGCUGUACCUGCAGCUGCGCUAUCCACGGCUCCAGCUGAUGCGCAAGGACCGACUGCUGCAGAUGGCGCAAACGAGGAAGACGGUCAGAUGGACGACGAAGAAAACGACGAGGACGAGGACCAGGACGGCGAUGAAGACGCUGAUGGCGACAGUGACGAGGACAUGGUUGACGAGGAAGAAGACGAGGACAUUGCAGCAGGAGCUGUACAGCCUCCGCCAGCACCGGUCGUCACGGCACAUAGGAAGUGGCGUCACAUCCCAAAGUUCAUGCGCAUCACGCACUGCCCACCACCCGCGGCGCUCUUCCUCGCCUCGAAGCAACUCAACGCCGAAGCCAAAAACUGGUUCUACGACGUUGCAGUCCUCCACAUCGACGCCACAGGCAGCUUUGCCCACACCAGCUUCUUCGAGGAGGCAUUCAGCCAGAUCACCGCCGCCGCCUUCUCGCCCAUGGCGGACAUCCGCAAGGUCGACGUCGUAUUCGUGUGGGACACGACGUGGCUGCGCUCCGACCAAGCAGGCUAUGCAGCCGCCAUCUUUCCUGCCCUCCUUCGCCAGCGAGCAAUCUUCGUCGCCGGCAUCCUCGCGCAGGCGCCCCAUCUCAGCGAGGUCGUGAUCCACUGGCACGACUCUGCCGAGGACGAGGAGGCAGUCGAUCUUAUGAACGACGUCCUCAAGGGCUUUCUGAGCCUCAAAGCCACGGUCAGGGUUGAACCGCACUACAUCGCAGCUGCCGCGAAGCCCUAUCGCAAGAGCAUCGCCGGCAAGCGGCGCGUCGAGUUCCAGCGCAUUCUUAACAACGGCCUCGACCGUCUAUUCUGA